AUGUCGUCCAAGUCGUGGUACAUUUUGUGGUCCAAGGCCGUUCCGGCACGGUAUGGCCUGUCCAAGAACAUCCAAACCUUGCUGCAGCACCUGGACUUGUACUACUCGGGAGGCCUCGAAGCCGACGAGCUGGGCCGUCUCGUCCGCUUGAGCCCGCAUCGACGAACGGCCAUCGCCAACACCAUUGCCAAAUGUGCCAACAUCAUCAAGAAGGAUCCUUCUGAACUCAGGACUUGCGUCGAUGUCAUCGAGAUGUGCACCGAAAUUCUCGAGAUUGCCGACAAACGGCCCCCCCUCGCCGGGUUCCCCUUCAUGAAGCUGCCGAUGGAGAUCCGCACCAAUAUUCUCCAUCUCAUCGUGGCCAACGUAUUUACGACGACCGUCAUUGUCCCCGCGAGCAAGAAGAGUCGCUGUAGCUGCCCCUCGAUCGACCCCCCCGCCUGCACCUUCCAGUCGGCGCAUAUGAAGGCGCUGCCUACCCUAUUCGGAGCCGCGCUGAACCAAGAGUUUUGUCGAUUCUUCUUUCGACGAUAUUCCUUCCGAUUCACCUGUCCUUGCGAGUUGCUCGCCCACCUUGAGCAGAACGAGGCCCUGUUCCAGAACAUUCACCACCUGAGCGUUCACUGGUGCGGACUCGAUGCUGCCAAGGCCUUUACGAUGCUCGCAAAGUGCCCGAGGCUGGAGACUCUCAAGAUCACCAUCUCCAAAUUUACGCCAGACUGCAUGAGCGAAAACACUCAGAUCAUGCGCGCCUACUUUCCUGCUUCCUUUCGACAUCCCCGCUUCACCGACACCCUUGGCUUGGAUGAGCUCCUGACCAUUCGAGGUCUCAAGGAUGUCAAGGUCUGGCACGGCCGGACGAAAGGCAGCUGGUCCAUGCGCGUCGAAUCGGAACGCGCUGGCCUCUCGAGACUCCUCUCCAACCACCUGACAAAGCCCCGAAGUGCAUGA